UUUACACUAGUGCACCAGAGACCCAAUUAGUCAAACAUGAUGUUGAAGACUAGAUAACUUACAAUACAUAUACAAGAGCCUUUCAAUGUCGUAAGUCCCAUAAAAAGAUAAGACUCUUACUUCCUCAUAACAAGUGUAUUGAUCUUCAAUGGCAGGAGGAGACUCAGAGGCAACUCAAGGGGAAUAUACAAAGGAUGGCUCUGUAAAUCUUAAGGGCAAGCCUAUACUUAGAUCAAAGAGUGGAGGUUGGACUGCUUGUACCUUUGUUGUAGUGUAUGAGGUUUUUGAGAGGAUGGCAUAUUAUGGAAUAUCAUCAAAUCUUGUGCUCUACUUGACCAACAAAUUGCAUCAAGGCACUGUAACUUCGGCGAACAACGUUACUAAUUGGGUCGGUACUGUGUGGAUGACGCCGAUGAUCGGUGCCUAUAUCGCCGAUGCUCAUCUUGGUCGCUAUUGGACCUUCAUCAUCGCCUCAAUCAUCUAUCUUUCGGGAAUGUGCCUGCUAACACUAGCAGUAUCACUGCCUUCACUGAAACCACCACCAUGUGGAGCUAACACUAGUGACCCAAAUUGCACUGAAAAAGCUUCAUCACUGCAACUUGGUGUGUUCUUCACUGCACUCUACAUCUUAGCCAUCGGCACCGGUGGCACAAAGCCGAACAUUUCGACCAUUGGAGCAGACCAAUUUGAUGAAUUCAAUGAAAAGGAGAGAGCACAUAAGCUCUCCUUCUUCAACUGGUGGAUGUUCAGCAUCUUUCUUGGCACUUUCUUUGCCAACACUGUUCUUGUUUACAUUCAAGACAAUGUAGGAUGGACGGUAGGUUAUGCAUUGCCUACUCUUGGUCUAUUGAUUUCAAUCAUCAUCUUCGUUGUUGGUACUCCUUUCUACCGGCAUAAACUACCUUCCGGUAGCCCAUUUUCAAAGAUGGCUAAGGUUCUUCUGGCAACCUUGAGGAAAUGGAGGGUUCAAGUGCCUAAGGAUCAUAAAGAACUUCAUGAACUUAAUUUGGAAGCAUAUGACACCAAUGGCAAGUUCAGAAUUGAACACACUCCAAUCCUAAGGAUAUUAGACAAAGCAGCAGUGAAGACCGGACCGACAUCGCAGUGGAUAUUAUGCCCGGUGACACAAGUCGAAGAAACAAAACAAAUGCUUCGUAUGAUCCCUAUACUCUUUACCACAUUCAUACCAAGCACAAUGAUAGCUCAAGUUAACACUCUCUUCACCAAGCAAGGCACAACACUAGACCGUAACAUCGGUCCUCAUUUCAAGAUCCCUGCGGCAUGUCUUCAAGCCUUUGUCACUAUCUCAAUGCUAGUCUCCAUUGUCAUCUAUGAUAGGUGCUUUGUCCCCUUCAUGAAGAGAUGGACCAAGAACCCCAGAGGUAUAACUCUCCUCCAAAGGUUUGGUGUGGGUAUGGUAUUCCACAUCAUACUUAUGACGGUAGCUUCAGUAACCGAAAACCGACGUCUAAGAACAGUUAAAGAUCAUGGAUUAGAAGGAGGAGGGGAAGUUCCACUUAGCAUCUUCAUACUACUCCCUCAGUUUGUGCUUAUGGGAAUGGCUGAUGCUUUUUUAGAGGUGGCCAAGAUUGAGUUCUUCUAUGAUCAAGCUCCUGAAACCAUGAAAAGUCUCGGAACAUCUUAUUCACAUGCAAGCUUGGGAGUUGGGAACUUUCUAAGCAGCUAUUUAUUAUCAACAGUGUCUCGUGUCUCAAAGAAGAAUGGCCACAAAGGGUGGAUUUUGAACAACCUGAAUGCAUCUCAUCUUGAUUACUAUUAUGCUUUCUUUGCAAUCCUCAACCUUUUGAACCUUCUCUUCUUCAUCAUCCUCAGCAGAUUCUAUGUGUACAAGGUUGAGAAUACUGAAAAGAUGGAUGGAUUUCCUUCAGUAGAAGAAAAUAAAGGAGAUAGCAUGAAAUAGUAUGUGUCACGUUCCAAAUAUGGCCAGACGAUAAACAAAUGGCCACGCACCCACAAG